ACAUAACCUAAAAGAGAAAGGGUGGAGCAGUGUUGGAUGGAGCAUUGGAGCAGCAGUUUUGAUCUAUCACUCCUCAUUAAGCACUGUAAUUGCAAAUUUUGGUUGAAGCCUCUUCAUGAUAGAAGCUUCAUUCUAUAAAAAUUUAACCAUCAACAAACAAUUCUCUCUCUAACCAUGGGAAAGAGGGGACGACCACCGAAAACCACCGGGAAAUUCGACGGCGAUCCUCCAAAGUCGCCGGAUUUGCAAUCACAGAUACCGGAUAAGGAAGAACCUUCAUCCUCUAAUACAUUUCCUCCUGAUCUAGAAGAAAAGGAAGAUCCACAAAUUGAAAAUCUGGAAGACGAGGAACCAAAAUCCAAGGAGAAGAAGAGCUAUGCAGAAGUCGCGGGAAUUCAGGAAGAUCUCAAUUUCUCCCUAAAAUACAUCCCGAUUGAAGAAAUCGAAGGUCAAAGCAUUGUCCGUCUAACCAAGGAGGAUGUCAUAGAACCAGGUACUUAUUGGGAAUCUGCUUUGGUGUGUUGUAUCCUGGGAGCAAAUCCUCCUCUGGAAGUAGUGAAAGGAUUUGUAUCUCGUAUCUGGUACACAUAUGGAAUAGAGGAUGUGUCACAUUUAAAAGAUGGGCAGUUCAUUGUUAGAUUUUGUAAGGAAGAAGACAGGGAUGAAGUCCUUAAACGAAAAUAUUAUUAUAUGGAUAAUAAACCAGUCUACGUGCAAAAAUGGUAUCCUGGCUGUAAGGUAAACAUCCUGGAGAGGAAGGAUAUCCCAAUUUGGAUCCAACUACCUGACCUUGAGAUGAAAUAUUGGAGUUUAUCUGGGUUGAGCAAAAUUGGAAGUGCGAUUGGACAACCAAUAAAGAGGGAUAAGGCAACAGUAGCUAGAUCUAAAUGGGCUUAUGCUCGGAUUCAAGUAGAAGUUCAGAGUAAAGCUGAGGAGAUUGAAACUAGCAAGGCUAAAGAGAACGAGGAUAAUCCAGAUCCAGACCCUCAACCUCUGGAAGCAGAAUUUGUAGAGGUAAAUAAAAAGAAAGCUGCAAAGAGAGUAUCGUUGGAACCAGAUGGAGUGGAUUUAUAUGUUAGUGAAUUUGGGUUGUAUGGAACAGAAAUAAGGCUGGUGAGUGAGAUCUGGAAUCAGAACCACAAAGGACAGCUCAUGAAUCAAGUCUUCCAAAAGCUUAAACAACUAAAACCUGGACUGAGACAAUUGAAUAGAAGAAAUUUCCUACACUUGGACACAGAGAUUGAUGAAAUCAGAACAAAACUUCAUAUUGUUCAAGAGGAAAUGAAAAAAUACAGGGAUAGGGCAGAUAUCCUUCAUAUGGAAAGGGAACUGACCAAGGAACUAAACCAGAAACUAAAAGCUAGUCACCUAAUGAAGAACCAGCAAGCCAAGGCAGAUUGGAUUACUUAUGGAGACCAAGAUUCUAAAUUGUUCUAUGCAUGGAUAAAGAAAAGAAGAAUUCAGAAUCACCUAACAUCUAUUGCAAAUCUAGAAGGGGCAGUUGUAGAAGGGAAAAUGGAGGUGGCUAGAGUACUUGUGGACUACUACCAAAAACAGUUGGGUGAGAGUUAUGGGUUCUUUAAAGGAGGCAAGGGAUUGAGACAAGGUGAUCCUAUCUCACCCCUUCUAUUUGUGCUUAUCAUGGAAUAUCUUACUAGAUCCUUUCUCUUUUAUGCUAGUAAGAAAAGGUUUGGGUAUCACCCACUAUGUAAAUCUCUGAAUCUUAUCAGCAUCAGUUUUGCGGAUGAUCUAAUUGUUGCUUGCAAAGCUGAGGAACAAUCUAUUAACUGCAUAAUGAUGGCUCUGAAACAUUUCAAAGAUACCACAGGAUUGUCAAUCAGUCCAACAAAAUCUGAGAUUAUCUUUGGUGGAGUCACAAAACAGUUAGAAGAAAAAAUUCUGCAGGCAACCAAAAUGAGAAAAGGGGUCCUGCCACUCAGAUAUCUAGGAGGGCCUGUUACCUCUGCCAGAAUUAGCGAGAAGGAUUGUGAGAGACUCUUGGAGAAAAUGACCAGAAAGAUUAAUUCUUGGAUGACUAAGCAUGUAUCCUAUGCUGGUCAGGCUAAACUAAUAAAUUCUGUCUUUAGGCUUGGAAUGGAUUACCUUUAUACUCGUAUCUGUUUUUGUAUAUUGGUAGAUGAAUAAAGUCUCUGCUUUCGGUUCAAAAAAAAAUAUUAAUAUUAGGCUUAAAAACAAAGAUACUGAAGAAGCUUAAUUACCUGUCCAGAAGUCGUUCCUAGCUGCUCCCCAUUAAUGGUCGUCCUCUGUCCACGGUCGUGACGCGCGAGUUCCAGAAUCCGUGGUGUCUCUAAUCUUGUUCAAUUUUGGGACCCAAAAAUCUGGAAAAUAUGACAUUUUAGACCUAAAAUUUGAAAAUCUUAAUCUACCUACAAAAGAAAUUGUAAGAAAAUGAAGAAAAGGCAAGGAUGAACAUUUGUGUUGAAAAUGAAUCUCUAGACCUUCGUUCCUAACCCUGCAACUGAAGUGUGGAUUAGAUGGUAGAGGAAGCCUACCCGAUUUGUUGUUCUUUUAGAUAGAAAAUCAAACUGAUAUUUUAAUUGAAGCUGUGUACAUACCAGGAGCGGCGAAACCCCAGCCAUGGUUUCCGGCGAGCGGUGAGAAGAGAUAUUGCGAAGGAGGAGCGAAGACAAAGUCCCAGGGAUGAAAGCAGAGAUAUUGCGAAGGAGGAGCGAAGACAAAGUCUCAGGGAUGAAAGCACAGAUCGAGUAUUUUACUCCAUUUCUCGGCUACGCUCUCUAUUA